UCUGGAAUCGAAUUAAAAUUCUGACUAUAGACUAAAAUGUUGCUUUUGUGUGCUAAGCAUUGAUUCGAUAGAAUAAUAUUCUAGAAUCUAGAAUUAAGUAAAGUAUUUUAAGUAUAUUGCAGUAUACUCGUGAUCGUGACUAUCAUAUAAAUAUACAAAUAUAAAACAUGUCUAAUGUAUUUGGGUUAAUUGUAUCAGGGCGCCUCGUGCAGACAAACUUUGCGCCACUAUCUGAGACUCAGUUUCUCAUCACAAUCACGGAAGCGGAUAAUAUUAACCAUGCGGUGGUCUUCCUAACGGGUGUCGCGCCACUGCCGGCCGGUACCGUGGGCAUGGUGUAUUGGAGCUGGCCAGACCCAGCUGCACCACCCAACUGGCAACUUCUAGGACAUAUUUCCAAUACAAAACCCUCCGCUAUCUUUAAAAUAGGAACUUUGAAAAAGCUACACGAAUUAUCAAGUGAAAAUAAAUUUAUAAGUGCGUUUGGUCAGCAACAGAUAUGUCACAACGCUCAGAUUGGUAUAGCUAUUGAACCUGAAUCAAAUGUUCAACUGCUUGCUUCCUCUGUAGCGCAACAACAGAAUAACUACAUUACAUUUGCACAAAAGAUGCUGGAACAUCUGGUGAACUUCGUGGCUUCAUUCUCUGUGACUCAGGAUCAGAUGACGCCUACUCCUGGCGUGUCGUACAUCCCCUUAAAUACUCUUCACACAUGGUAUCAAAAUUUCGAGAGAAGACUGCAACAAAACCCUAACUUCUGGAAAAAUUGAAACUCUCUAUCUCAGCAAUGUUCUGCCAGGGCAUGUCGUGUAAUGUUGCCAUACUAUUGUUGUAUAACAAUAUUAUACUUGAUAUUGCUAAAAUGCGCGAAGCAUUAUAAUAACAAGAAUUAUUAUUAAAUUAUUGCAAACUGAUGCAUUUAUAAAUUCAUAUUUUAAUAAUGUUACUUUAUUGUUCUCAUGCGAUCUAUUCUGAAAUAUUAACAUUGGUUUGCAGAUUAUCAUUUGACAUUUGACUAAAAAGAAAAUAAUAACAUAAGGUGUGAUGAGUUGUAUUGUGAUUGUGACCAAAAAUGAAACUUUAAUAUCGUCCUUCCGCCUGCUGCAGUUACCGCGUAAUGCGGAAUUUCAUGGUUAAUCAGAUAGCUUUACUGCCUCACAGAUGGACGGGUAAUUCAAUUAUUGACCAUUCAAAACUGCCUAGUUUAAUUCGAAAUAGUGAACCUACAGUGGUGCCACGUUAUUUGAGGUUUCAUUUUUCGUUAUCAGGGAAUUACAUCCAAUUAUUUACAUGACUUCAGUUGUAGACAUUUAUAAGCUUAAUUUAAUAAAAAUAACCCGUCUGCUACAAAAUGCUGCUGGCAAUACACGAGUUUCGUUUGCAAAUGCUUGUUUCCCAUGGAAACUAACUUUUCUGUAUUCUUUAUUUAUUUAUAUAUUUUGUAAUGAGUUGCAUUCACAACUCAAAGUUCCUGAAAAAAACAGCAAUAAAAUCCUGUCUGUGUAAUUGAGAAAGACUGCUGUAAAUGCUAAAGAUUAACAUUUUACAUUAAACAUUUUGAAAUCA